AUGCCAUACAAAUCCCGCUGGCAGAUCGACGUCCCCAACAUCCACCUGGCCUCCCUCCUCCUCACCUCCCCGACAGCACCACUCUCCCAAACAAAACGAUGCUACCUCGAAGCCGCCCGCCCAGACACCCACUACUUCACCCCCCAUGAUUUCCGCCUCUGGAGCCAACGCUUCGCAGCAGGUCUGCGCAAAGCCGGUCUCAAACCGGGCGAUCGAGUCCUCCUCUUCUCGGGGAACGACCUCUUCUUCCCCGUCGUGUUCAUGGGCAUCAUCAUGGCGGGCGGUAUCUUCACCGGCGCGAAUCCCACCUACGUCGCCCGCGAAUUAGCCUUCCAGCUAGAAGAUAGCGGUGCGACGUUCCUCAUCUGCGCGGGUGCUAGUCUAGAUACGGGCAUUGAAGCUGCGCAGAUGGCGGGAUUAUCGCGGGCGAAGGUCUUUGUCUUUGACAAUGCCAUUUACGACGGCCGCGGGCAGGCACAAAAGGGGUGUCCGUAUUGGGGGGAUUUGGUAGCGUCUACAGAGGAAGGACGCGGGUUUGCCUGGGAGGUGUUGGAUACGCCCGCGCUGGCCGAUACAACGCUCGCACUGAACUAUUCAUCCGGUACGACGGGACGGCCCAAGGGCGUGGAGAUCACGCAUAAGAACUACGUGUCGAACAUGUUGCAGUACACUUAUAUGGGCACUUUAUAUCCCGACUACGAGCAGCGACGGGCUCGUGCGCGCUGGCUCUGCUUCCUGCCCAUGUAUCACGCCAUGGCGCAGAAUAUCUUCAUCGCGGCGGCGUUGUAUCGCGAGACGCCCGUUUAUAUCAUGCCCAAGUUUGACUUUAUCCAGAUGCUGGAGUAUACGCAGAAGUUCCGGAUUACGGAUUUCAUUCUCGUGCCGCCGGUGGUGGUUGCGUUGGCGAAGCAUCCUGCGGUUAAGAAGUAUGAUCUGAGCAGUGUGGAGAGUGUGGGGAGUGGUGCGGCGCCGUUGGGACGGGAGGUUUGUGUUGAGGUGGAGAAGUUGUGGCCAGAGGGGAAGAUCAAUAUCAAGCAAGGUUGGGGGAUGACAGAGGCAACCUGUUCCAUUCUCGGAUGGGAUCCAAGAGAGAAGAGUUUCUCUGCUUCUGUCGGUGAACUAAAUGCCAACUGCGAGGCCAAGAUCAUGGCCGAGGAUGGACUCACCGAGGUGCUUGAACGCAACAAGCGGGGCGAGCUGUGGGUGCGCGCACAGAAUGUCAUGAAGGGUUAUUGGCAUAACCCCAAGGCGACGCAAGAGACCAAGACCGAGGAUGGAUGGCUUCGAACUGGAGACAUUGCCUAUGUGGAUGACCAGGGCAAGUUCCAUGUUGUGGACCGGAUGAAGGUGAGUAGCUAUGUUAUGCAGUCUCGUGUGGAGAAAGACAGCUCUAGACAGACCCUUGUACCCGAUGCUAACGAAGGUUCCCUGCAGGAGUUGAUCAAGGUCAAGGGUAACCAGGUUGCCCCCGCAGAAUUGGAAGCGCUACUCCUCGAGCAUCCGGCUGUGGCAGACGUGGCUGUCAUUGGCGUCACAGUCAACAAUGACGAACGUCCCCGUGCAUAUAUCGUCCUCAAACCCGGCCAAUCUGCUAGUGCCGACGAGAUAGUCCAAUUCAUGGCCGGCAAGGUCUCUGCAACCAAGCGGAUCACCGGUGGAGUAAUUUUCCGCGACGUGAUCCCGAAGAACCCAUCUGGCAAGAUCCUGCGCAAGGCGCUGCGCGAAGAGGCGGCGGUGGAGCUGAAGCGAGAAAGUGCCACGGCUAAAUUGUAA